AUCCAGUAUUAAAAACAAUUGAUAGAAAAAUACUCCGAAAAAUCACAAAUUUUGCGAAAAGGAUUUUUUUGGACUGUGCCGGACGUGAACAGUGGAGCAGCUCUCCACUGUUCACUUUGCAGAACAGUGGAGACGACGGAGCAAACGAAGAAGAGAGGGGCGGGGGGGAAACAGACCGGGCGGUUCAUCGUGGCGGUGCUGCUGGUUCUAGGUUGUUGGACGGCGGUUCUGGCCAUUCUCUGUUAUGUGUUUUUUUUUUCGGUAUUUCUUCUUCUUGCAGUUUCUGUUCUCCCCCCCUUCUCUGUUUCUGUGUUCUGCCCCUUCUUCUUUGAUUUACUGUUUCUCUCCUUUCUCUCCUUCUCUGUUUUCACCUCCAAGAUUUGGCGGUGGCGGUGGUGGUGCUGGUGGCGCUGGGGCAGACGGUGGUUCUUCUUUUUCUGCGUUUUCCUUGUCCUCUGUUUCUGCCCUCCCUCCUGUUCUUUCUCCUUUUCUCUGUUUUGCUUAUGUUUCUCUUCUCUCUCUGUCUCCUCUGUUCUUUUUCCUUCUUUUUGCCCCCCUCAGUUCUCUCCACGGUCUCCCCUCUCUCUGUUUUGUGCCCCCCCCCCCCCUGUUUUUCUAAAAAGUCUUCUGCUUCCUCUCAAACUGUCCCUCUGUUUUUCAUUCCCUGUUUCCUUCUCUCUAUAGUAUCCCCCCCCGAGAAAAUGUUCUCUUCAAAACAAAACCUCCUUCUGUUCUUUUUCUCUUUUCUUUCUCCAGCCCACCACCCUGUGUUUCACCCUUUUCUCCCUGUAUUUAUAGGAGGCCGGGUGAGAGGGUCACCAUGCCCUGUCCAAGAACAUCACCACACACUGGCAAUUUCUAUAUCAAUUUCCAGGCCUGGCCCGGGGGUUUUGUCCCCUUUCUUCAAGGAAGGAAGAAGUCCCCUCCUGGAAAGGAUAAGGGCUUCACUCCUUAUAUAUAGGUCUAUUUAUAGGUAACUCCGCUGUAAGAGAAGAACCCAUCAAGGCUAGCUGCAGUAGUUUACCAUGGGGAGAACAAGAAAAAUUCCAAUGGCCAAGCGAGAAACAGCAGAGCAAAGGUCUGUUACUUUUACUAAAAGACGUCAGGGUCUUUUCAACAAAGCAGCAGAUUUGUGCAGGAUUUGUGAUGCUCACAUUGCCAUUAUGGUCUCCUCAACGGGGUCCAAAGAAAAAGUUUAUACCUUUGGCCACUCUUCCGUUGAUGCUGUCUUCGACAGGUUCCUCGACAAUUUUACGGCAGCCCCGGAAGCGGUAGCAUACGAAGCAGGAAUCAAGUCAGCCAGUAAUUCCCUCUAUGAAGAAAUCAAGGCAUUGGAGGGUGAUGUUAAUACUCUAAUGCAAAACAAGAAGAGAAACGUUGGAGGGGUUUUAUGGGAUGCUUUAGAGGAGAUUGAGCAGUCUAAUACUUCAGUUGAGGAGUUACAGGAUGUUGUAGAUAUCCUGGAAAGUUUGUUGGGUCAGGCCAAGAAUAAGCUGAUGAAUAACGCAACUGCGAAUCUUGGUGUAAGCAUUGCUGUUGAGCCAAAGUCUGAUAAUUUUUUGGCAUUAGAGCCUAAACCCCGAGAUGAUUCUUCGUCUAGCUUGGGUGGUGAUCAAGUCGGUCAGAAUUCUGCCAUUGUAGGAGACAAUGGUGCUAAUUAUUCGGAUUCAUAUUGGAAUGCUGAUGGUUCAACUACUGAUAGCUGCAUGGAUUUUCCAGUCGAAGUCGAUGUGGAUCUUAUAUGGAAUCUCCUUGAGUCUUCUGAUUUCAGUUCGGGUUCUGACAAAGUUAUUUCCAUGAGCAACAGUAGUGACUGCACUCUUUCAGGCACUGGCUCAGAAUCAGCUUCAGGCUCACAAGAGAAUGAGGAUAAUGUAUUUCCUGCUACCAAUUUGGAUUCAGAAUUGUUCAAGGACAUGGAGCUUGUUGAUUGUGGAACUUAUAACACUACACCAGAUCCUGGCUCUGGAGAUAUUAAACUUUGGGGGGGGGGGGGGGGGGGGGGUUAA